GAACAUUGACAUCGCAAGUAUUCCUUACUGAAAGUUGUGUGUUUGAACAUGGGAUGUUUUUCUCUAAUAAUCGAGUGUUGUCACCGAUACAAGUUCAGAGUAUUGGAACAGCGUAAAGACACGCAAGAUGCAAGAAGCGAGAGCUGAGGAAGAAGCCGAAGAAAUGAAGAAACGUAGGCGCGUGGCCUGAAUAUGAUCCUGAGCUUUUCAAUUCUCCUCAUGGCUUUGUUCACAACGGCUGCAGGAGUUGCCCCAACCAUUGACCUCUCCCAUAAUAUGAGGAUUCUCAAAUUACCAAUGGACACAAAAAUUGGUUCAGUCAUCUAUCGCCUAAGAGGAUCUGAUCCCGAUAACGAUGUCCUGACUUUCGGAGUCCGUGGUGACGUCGGAAAUCAACUGCUUGACAUCCGAUCCGUCACAGAAACCCGAGCCAAUGUCUUCCUCAAAUCUGCACCCACAGAAAAAGAAUACAAGCUCACAAUUUAUGUCACAGAUGGAACACAGACAACUGAAGUGGAAUCCAGCAUCAUCAUCACCAACGCUACUAAUCAGAAAUCACCAUUCUUAGAGUACGAAUCCCUCAUUACGGUUUCAGAACUGACGGAGGAGAAGGAGGUCAUAGGGAAUGUGGUGGUGAGGAAGAGGAACAGCAGCAGUCUACCUGUCCUCUUCGAGUUGGAGGGAUCGGACAACUUCGCCAUACGCUACUUGAUCAGCCCCCUUAGGGAGGCAACCAAAGGAGAGAUUUUCUUGCUGCAGAAACUCGACUACGAGAAGAAGAAUCUCUUCACCCUCGAUGUCUACGCUCUGAAUCCUUGGACGGACGAAGAAGUAGAUACGAGAAAUGUCGCCGUGCUGACAAUUCUGGUAGCCGUGGAGGAUGCUCAAGACAACCCUCCUGUCUUCCAUCCGUUGCCUCCUGUCAUCAGAGUCUCGGACAGCUUAUCUCUGGGAGCUAAUGUUACUAAAAUAACCGCUGAAGACGGUGACUAUGGAAAUCAGAGAAAUGUCACUUACAGCUUUGUGCCAGGUUCUCAAGGGGUCACAUAUUUCAAUAUCCACUCAAGGACAGGUAUGAUAACCCUCGCCUCUUCCAUCGAACUGCUAAGAGAAGCUUAUUCUACAUCAGGACCCUUUGUGUUAUCUAUAAAGGCUACAGAAGUAGAAACAGAAUUAAUACCUGGCCCUCCUGAGAGUUCUGAAGCCACGCUAGCCGUUGUGUUGGUCAACACAGAAAACAGACCUCCAAGGUUUACGAGCAAACGAUACGUGGCCACGGUGGAAGAAAACAGUCCCAGUUUGACUUCUGUGACUUGGGAAGGCCCUGAAAUUCCCAAAGUCUUCGACGACGAUCAAGGAAAGAAUGGCAGUUUCGAGCUUUUUCUAGAAGGCGACGGAGGUGCCUUCAGCGUUCAGCCAGGACGAGGCAUGAAUGAGUUAAAUUUUGCUGUUUUGGUUAAAGAUCCGCUUCAGCUGGACUACGAGACAUCCGACACCAAGUAUAUCGAGUUCCGGAUUGUAGCCAGAGAAACAGCUUCUGUCAGACCACUGUCUGCAACGGCUGAGAUACGGGUUAAAUUGCUCGACGCCAACGAUAACAUCCCUCAGUUCUCGCAUGAUGUAUACAACGUCACGCUGCCGGAGGACGCUCCUCCUGGAACAACGCUAACGAAGAUACAA